ACGAGCGGGAGUCGGGAAGGUAAACGACCUUCGAUUAUGGAGGGCUCCACCAUGCUAAAGCAAACUCGAGAAACGAAGGUUUUAGUAUUGUAUACAGGCGGAACGAUUGGAAUGAAGAAAACAGAUGGAGGAUAUCAGCCGAAAUCUGGCCACCUUCAGUCGCAAAUAAAGCGACUUCCUAUGUUGUAUGAUGUUGAAUAUGCAAAGAUUGAACCUAAAGAAAGUGUUACGUCUUUUGGUACUUCCGCGCUGGAAGAGUUAGCCAUGCCGUAAGUCUAUUUACAAUAAGCGUGCGUGUUCAGCUGUUUGAAUGAAUUAUUUAGGCUUUUGUGAAAAGCGUUUAGUUUUUAUACCCUGCUGAUUUGUUCGAUGUGGUCUUAGCGAGCGAUAAUCAGCUGUUGAUUGUAGCAAUGUAUUUAAUUCGAGAGUUACUGUAUUACAAAAUGUCUGCGUCGACAAACGGGAGUCAAAAUU